AAGACUGGAGCCUCUGUGCCACUCUCCGUUCAUUUCUACGCAUUAGUAUGCAUCCUCAAAGGUUGUAUCCGCAGUAUAAGAAUCUCCAAUGUCGCUCCAAUCCAUCCCCUAAACGUUCUACUUCCCAUUAAUCACUCUCCUAACUUAAAAACACAAUGAGUUCUGCUACCAGCACCGUCAAGCAAGCGUUCACUUCUGUGACGCAGACCGCCAAGGUCGCUGACUUGCAGAGAGACACGAUCGAUCCUUCUGUCAAGCCAUCAAGUGGUUAUACGCACACUACCGAUCAUGGCGUACCCAUUAGCGACACCGACAACUGGUUGAAAGUGCAGGACGGUGUCUCCACGGGACCAUCUUUGCUUGAAGAUCAGAUUUCCAGAGAGAAGAUUCACCGAUUCGACCAUGAACGUAUCCCAGAGCGAGUCGUGCACGCUCGUGGUGCAGGAGCCCAUGGGUACUUUAAGGUCUACGACGACAAGGCUUCCAAGUACACUUCCGCCCCCGUCCUGACCGAUUCCUCGAGAGAGACUCCUGUCUUUGUGCGCUUUAGCACCGUACAAGGCUCCCGUGGUAGUGCUGAUACUGUUCGUGAUGUUCGAGGAUUCGCAGUCAAAUUCUACACUGAGGAGGGUAAUUGGGACUUGGUCGGUAACGACAUUCCCGUCUUCUUCAUUCAAGAUGCUAUCAAAUUUCCCGACGUCAUCCAUGCCGUUAAGCCGGAACCACAGAAUGAGGUUCCUCAGGGCCAGUCUGCUCACAACAAUUUUUGGGACUUUGUGGGUCUCCAACCAGAGUCGGCUCACAUGGUGAUGUGGGUCAUGUCAGACCGAGGCAUUCCUCGCUCGUUUCGCAUGAUGCAAGGAUUUGGUGUGAACACCUACACCUUGGUCAAUGGCGAAGGCGAACGGUUUUUUGUCAAGUUCCACUGGCUUCCUGAGCUCGGCGUUCAUAGUUUGGUGUGGGACGAGGCUCUGAAGAUCUGUGGACAAGAUCCAGACUUCCAUCGCAAGGACCUCGAAGAGGCUAUUAAGAACGGAGCCCCUCCAAAGUGGCAGUUUGCUAUCCAAACUAUCCCCGAAGCUCGCGAGCAUGACUUUGAUUUCGAUAUCCUUGAUGCUACCAAGGUCUGGCCGGAAGAGCUGGUUCCUCUGGAGGUCAUUGGCGAGAUGGUGCUCAAUCGCACCGUCGACGAAUUCUUCCCUGAAGUAGAACAAGUAGCUUUCUGCACCAGCCACAUCGUUCCCGGUAUCGGCUUCAGCGACGAUCCUCUCCUGCAGGGUAGGAACUUCUCCUACUUUGACACUCAGAUCACUCGUUUGGGUGUCAACUGGGAGGAGCUGCCUAUUAAUCGGCCAGUGUGCCCCGUCCUCAAUACCCAUCGCGAUGGUGCGAUGAGGCACAAGAUCACGUCUGGUGAAAUCAAUUAUUGGCCCAAUCGCAAAGAGCACUACAAGCCUGUUCCUCCCGAUCAAGGAGGUUACCACGAGUAUCCUCAGAAAGUUUCUGGCAUCAAGCAGCGUCUUCGUGCCCCAAAAUUCCAGGAGCAUUACAACCAAGCGCAGCUCUUCUACAACUCGUUGCAGCCUUAUGAGAAAUCCCAUCUCAUCUCAGCCAUCUCCUUUGAACUUUCUCAUUGCGACGAUCCUGUCGUGUACGAGACUUACACCCAGGUUCUGAACAACAUCGAUUUUGACCUCGCAAAACAAGUUGCCAUCAACGUCGGUGGUGUCGUUCCUGACAAGUCUGCUCGUCCAAACCACGGCAAGUCCACGCCCACGCUGUCUCAGCUUUACUAUGCCACCAAGGAGCCCACUGUCAAGUCCAGGAGAAUCACUGUUCUACUUGCUGACGGUUUCAACAUUGAGCAAGUAGAGGGCAUCCGUGUGGCACUCAAGGCAGGUGGUGCUACCACUUGGAUUAUCGGUCCUCGUCGUGGUUACGUCUACCCGGCUGGCGAGCAGGUGGGCACUGGCAAGGGUCUCUGGGCUGAUCAUCAUUAUGAGGGUCAGAGGAGUACCUUGUUCGAUGCCUUCAUCAUUCCCGGCGGUAAAGACCACGCUCAGAAAUUGGCAGAUAAUGGCCGAGCUAUACACUGGGUCCGUGAGGCGUUUGGUCAUUGCAAGGCCAUCGGUGCUAUUGGCGAAGCUGUCGCAUUCUUGCGUGAGGCCGUCAUCCUACCGGGUGUCGAUUUCGCAACGAACCCAAACAGCGACGAUGUUGUCAACUCCUACGGCGUUGUCACUGUUGGUACCGUCGAUUUGGCCAGUUUUGCUGCUGAUGCGUUCAAGAUCGCUCAGGGCCAGAAGGGCUUCAUCUCAAACUUCGCAAGUGAGGUUAGCAAGCACCGAAACUAUGAUCGAGAGUCAGAUGGCUUGACUUCGAAGGUCGCGUAUUGAGCGACUUGUCCACUCACCAUCAUAAUCAGUCCAGAGACCAUCUCAGAGUAUGUAUUGUACGAAUAGGUCAUAUGCAAAAGAAUGUAAUUGUAGCAUACUUAUGAACUUGCACAACAAAGUACGGACUAUAGAACGAUUGAAGCAAAAGUACUAGCC